UGCCCAAGACGAACGUUUCUAUCCUCGAUCAUACUUGCAACCAAAUUCUUGCAUGACAAGUCGUAUACAAAUCGCGCAUGGGGGGCGCUGUGUCAGCUACCACCUCGGGAAAUCAGCAGAUGUGAACGUGCAUUGGGUAAUGCUUUGCAAUGGCGCCUCUGGUUG